AUGGUUACAAAAACUCCUUUCGCCAUCAUCACCGUUUCGAUUACUGCCUUUGAUUUGAAAGAAUUAAAAGACAUCAUUGGAUUAAGCAAGGAAAGAUCGCUUCUAAGACAUCUUCAUCCGGCACUUUUCUCUAUGAUAUCAUUACCUUCUAAAAAUGUUAAUCCUGUCACCACCACUGGCCACGUUUAUGCACACAAUUCCAGCAACAAACAACAGGAGGAUCUCAAGUGA